CCCCGCUCCUGCUCUCUCCGCCUAGCCUUUUCCCCUCCCAGCCGCCUGCCUGCCAGGGGUAGUGAGCCAGCUGAGCGGCAUGGAGACGCAGGAACUUCGAGGGGCCCUGGCUCUUCUCCUCCUUUGCACUUUCGCAUCUGCCAGUCAGGACCUGCAGGUGAUUGACCUGCUGACUGUGGGCGAGUCUCGGCAGAUGACAGCUGUAGCAGAGAAGAUCCGGGCAGCCCUGCUCACUGCUGGAGACAUCUACCUCUUGUCCACCUUCCGCCUGCCCCCCAAGCAGGGUGGGGUCCUCUUUGGCCUCUACUCUCGCCAGGACAACACACGAUGGCUGGAGGCCUCAGUUGUGGGCAAAAUUAACAAAGUGCUGGUGCGGUACCAGCGAGAGGACAGCAGAGCGCAUGCGGUGAGCCUCCAGCAAGCAGGCCUGGCCGACGGGCGCACACACACGGCUCUCCUGCGGCUCCGCGGCCCCGCCCGACCCAGCCCUGCCCUCCAGCUCUAUGUGGACUGCAAACUGGGAGACCAGCAUGCUGGCCUCCCUGCGCUGGCCCCCAUUCCUCCAGCGGAGGUCGACGGGCUGGAGAUUCGGACUGGACAGAAAGCGUAUUUGAGGAUGCAGGGCUUCGUGGAAUCCAUGAAAAUGAUUCUGGGCGGGUCCAUGGCCCGGGUGGGAGCCCUGAGUGAGUGUCCGUUCCAGGGGGACGAGUCCAUCCACAGUGCAGUGACCAACGCACUCCACUCCAUCCUAGGUGAGCAGACCAAGGCGCUGGUCACCCAGCUCACUCUCUUCAACCAGAUCCUGGUGGAGCUGCGCGAUGAUAUCCGAGACCAGGUGAAGGAGAUGUCUCUGAUCCGAAACACCAUCAUGGAGUGUCAGGUGUGCGGCUUCCACGAGCAGCGUUCCCACUGCAGCCCCAACCCCUGCUUCCGAGGCGUGGACUGCAUGGAAGUGUACGAGUACCCCGGCUACCGAUGCGGGCCCUGCCCCCCUGGCCUGCAGGGCAACGGCACCCACUGCGCUGACGUCAAUGAGUGUGCUCACACUGACCCUUGCUUCCCUGGGGCCAGCUGCAUCAACACCGUGCCCGGCUUCCACUGUGAAGCCUGUCCUCGAGGCUACAGAGGCACCCGGGUGUCCGGUGUGGGCAUCGACUAUGCCCGCGCCAGCAAACAGGUCUGCCAUGAUGUGGACGAAUGCAAUGAUGGGAACAAUGGUGGCUGUGACCCAAACUCCAUCUGCACCAAUACUGUGGGCUCCUUCAAGUGUGGCCCCUGUCGCCUGGGCUUCCUAGGCAACCAGAGCCAGGGCUGCCUCCCAGCCCGCACCUGCCACAGCCCAGCCCACAGCCCCUGCCACGUCCAUGCGCACUGUCUCUUUGAACGCAACGGGGCAGUGUCCUGCGCGUGUAACGUGGGCUGGGCCGGGAAUGGGAAUGUGUGUGGGACCGACACAGACAUCGAUGGCUACCCGGACCAGGCCCUGCCGUGCAUGGACAACAACAAACACUGCAAGCAGGACAAUUGCCUUUUGACACCCAACUCUGGGCAGGAAGAUGCUGAUAACGAUGGCGUGGGGGACCAGUGUGAUGAUGAUGCCGAUGGGGAUGGGAUCAAGAAUGUCGAGGACAACUGCCGGCUCUUCCCCAACAAGGACCAGCAAAACUCUGAUACAGAUUCGUUCGGGGAUGCCUGUGACAACUGCCCCAACGUUCCCAACAAUGACCAGAAGGACACGGAUGGCAACGGGGAAGGGGACGCGUGUGACAACGAUGUGGAUGGGGACGGCAUCCCCAAUGGAUUGGACAAUUGCCCUAAAGUCCCCAACCCCCUGCAGACAGACAGGGAUGAGGACGGGGUGGGAGAUGCCUGUGAUAGCUGUCCUGAGAUGAGCAAUCCUACGCAGACAGAUGCAGACAGCGACCUGGUAGGGGAUGUCUGUGACACCAACGAGGACAGCGAUGGGGAUGGACAUCAGGACACCAAGGACAACUGCCCACAGCUGCCAAACAGCUCCCAGCUGGACUCAGACAAUGACGGACUUGGAGACGAGUGUGAUGGGGACGAUGACAAUGACGGGGUCCCAGACUACGUGCCUCCUGGUCCUGAUAACUGUCGCCUGGUACCCAAUCCCAAUCAGAAGGACUCAGACGGCAAUGGUGUUGGGGAUGUGUGUGAGGAUGACUUUGACAAUGACGCAGUGGUCGACCCCCUGGACGUGUGCCCCGAGAGUGCAGAGGUGACCCUCACAGAUUUCCGGGCCUAUCAGACUGUCGUCUUGGAUCCUGAGGGUGAUGCUCAGAUUGAUCCAAACUGGGUCGUGCUCAACCAGGGCAUGGAAAUCGUUCAGACCAUGAACAGUGACCCCGGCCUGGCAGUUGGAUAUACAGCCUUCAAUGGUGUGGACUUUGAAGGCACCUUCCAUGUGAACACGGUGACUGAUGAUGACUACGCAGGCUUUCUCUUCAGCUAUCAAGACAGCGGCCGCUUCUACGUGGUCAUGUGGAAGCAGACGGAGCAGACCUACUGGCAGGCCACACCUUUCCGGGCUGUUGCUCAGCCGGGGCUGCAGCUCAAGGCAGUGACGUCAGUGUCCGGCCCAGGUGAGCACCUCCGGAAUGCCCUGUGGCAUACUGGCCACACCCCUGAUCAGGUGCGACUGCUGUGGACGGACCCACGAAACGUGGGCUGGCGUGACAAGACCUCCUACCGCUGGCAGCUGCUGCACCGGCCUCAAGUCGGCUACAUCCGGGUGAAGCUCUAUGAGGGUCCUCAGCUAGUGGCGGAUUCUGGGGUGAUCAUUGACACAGCCAUGCGGGGAGGGCGUCUUGGUGUAUUCUGCUUCUCCCAGGAAAACAUCAUUUGGUCCAAUCUCCAAUACCGAUGCAAUGACACAGUGCCCGAGGAUUUUGAGCCGUUCCGGAGGCAGCUGCUCCAGGGAAGAGUGUGAAGAGGCGGCCACCGGAUUCAGAAUCCUGAUUUUAGACCCUCUGGCCUUGGGGUCCAUCCUGGAGACGCUGGGGUCUAAUCUGCAGCAGCUCAGCCAAACACAGACCCCCCUCUGGCACCCACAGGAGUUUAGCCCCAGAGGGGUGGGACCCCACUGUUCAGGAGUUGGGAAGCUUUCAAGGGAUAUUUUUCUCAGGCACUAACCCCAGGAAAGAUAACACCACAUUGCCAUAAAGUUCCAGUGGUUUUCUAAGCUA